AUUGUUGACGAGAGAGAAUUUGAGUAACAAAGUAGUUUGAAUGCUGCAUAACCUCAAGCAUUCAUACUCAGGCUAUUUGCUGGAGGACUUCAAACAAUCCUUUCACUUCACUUCUAAGCUACUUAACUCGGACCUUAUCACGAUGGAUGAGCUGGAUGAGACUCAGCUGAAGAAUCAUGUGGACAGUCUGAAGCAGCAGCUAAAGUUUAACAGAGAGAAAACAUCUGUCUCGAUUCCAGAAUUAAUUAAAUGGACUGAGGAGAAAAUGAAUGAGGAUCCAUUUCUGAAUCCAGAUAUACUGAAGGACAACCCGUGGGUGGAGUCAAGCAAAUGUGUUAUAACAUAGCGCAAGAGCUGUCACUCAUCACUAUGGCAACAAGAGUGACU